UCCCUGUUGUCGGGGACGCGCGCUCAGAACCGCCACAGCUCCGUUCCGAGUUCGGCCUCCGCCUGGGCUCCCGCCUCCAGGGCCUGAGCUCCGCUUCCCCGGGAAAGAGUGAGUGAGGCCGGAGUCUGGGCAGGGGCCGAGACAGGGAGGGGCUUGGCGCCUGCCUUUCCGGGGAAAGGGGCGUGGUGGAGAGGAGGAGGAGGAGGAGCCGCUCUGAGACUGCGCGUGCGCAGUGCACCGGCUCCUUCUUGACAGUUCCCAGUUCUCAGAGGCACCUGCCUUGGCUUCGCAUUACCCCGGCACCGCCACCAGGCACCCCUCCCCGGCUCAGCUUGUCGGGGUCCACCCUGUACCCCCCCCCCCGCCUUCCUUGGCCUGGCCCCACCCCAGCGAGCACCUACUGUGGGCUCUGUGCUCACUGACUCACGGGUGCAGGACGAGUUCGAAUCCUACCUCGGACCCUCCCUUGACUCGGGACUCCGGGCAAGUCAGCUAUCCUCUCGGUGUUCCUGGGUUUUCUAAGCGCAGCCCUGCCUUGGGACAGCCCGGUCUCGAACCAGAAGGGAAGCAUGGCCCCGGUGCUCCUGACCACCAGGCCCCACCAGGAAUUGGUGACAUUCAAGGAUGUUGCGGUAGAAUUCACCCGGACAGAAUGGAGGCACCUGACCCCUUCUCAGAAGGAGCUGUACAGAGACGUGAUGCUGGAAAACUAUGGGAAUCUGGUCCACCUGGGACUUACAGUUUCCAAACCAGAUGUGAUCUCCCAGUUGGAGAGAAGGGAAGCACCCUGGACACCAGGAGGAAUCCAGAGAAGUAGCUGUCCAGAUUGGGAGCCUACUCCAAAAACCAAGCAGUCACUUCUAAAACUGGGCAUUUCAGUAAAAGGUUUAUCCCAAGAAAGAGGCACAAGGAAGAAUCUCUGUUUCUCCAAAUUAAAAAACUUCUGGGAUUAUGAUGACACAUUAGAGAGGCAUCAGAGCAAUGAGGGAAAAUAUUCUCAAAAACAAAAAAUAACUGAAAAGAAACCUAUAAAUAAAUCUAGAAGCCACAAAUAUAAUAAAUGUUAUAGAAGCUUCACUCAGGGGCACAUUUUUUUGGCACAACAAACAUCUCUAAAAACAAAUCUUUGUAAACAUGAGGCCCAAAGAAAGAGCAUGAAACAAUCUAAAGAACUAAUGAAAUGUAAGAAAAUAUAUUCAGAUAAAAUAUUUUUCAAGUAUAAUGAAUAUGGGAAAUGCUUUAAGUAUAAUUCAUACCUUACUGAAAACCUUAGGCUACAAAAUGGAAAGAAACAGUAUCAAUGUAAUGAAUGUAAUAAAGCCUUCAGCCAAAGGGUCAGUCUUAUUCAGCAUCAUAGAAUUCAUACUGGAGAGAAGCCUUAUGAAUGUGAUGCAUGUGGGAAGACUUUCCGACAGAGCACUGGACUUACACAACAUCAGACAAUUCAUACUGGAGAGAAAUAUUAUGUAUGUAAUGAGUGUAAAAAAUCCUUUCGCCUGAGAUCACAACUUAUUCAACACUAUAGAAUUCAUACUGGAGAGAAACCUUAUGAAUGCAAUGAAUGUGGUAAGACAUUCCGUCAGAACUCACAGCUUAUUCAACAUCAGACAAUUCAUACUGGAGAGAAACCUUAUGAAUGUGAUGAAUGUGGGAAGGCCUUCCGCCUAAGAAUAGAACUUACUCAGCAUAAAAAAAUUCAUACUGGAAAGAAACCUUAUAAAUGUAAUGAAUGUGGAAAGGACUUCCGACUCAGUUCGCAACUUAUUCAGCAUCAGACCAUGCACAGUGGGGAGAAGCCUUAUGAAUGUAAUGAAUGUGGUAAGGCUUUCCGCCAGAGCACAGGACUUACUCAACACCAGACAAUUCAUACUGGAGAGAAAUGUUAUAAGUGUGAUGAGUGUGAGAAGGCCUUCCGCCUGAGAACACAGCUUAUUCAACAUUAUAGAAUUCAUACUGGAGAGAAACCUUAUGAAUGCAAUGAAUGUGGUAAGACAUUCCGUCAGAACUCACAGCUUAUUCAACAUCAGACAAUUCAUACUGGAGAGAAACCUUAUGAAUGUGAUGAAUGUGGGAAGGCCUUCCGUCUAAGAAUAGAACUUACUCAACAUCACAAUAUUCAUACUGGAAAGAAACCUUACAGGUGUAAUGAAUGUGGAAAGGUCUUCCGACUCACUUCACAGCUUAUUCGCCAUCAAACAAUCCAUAGUGGAGAAAAGCCUUAUGAAUGUAAUGAAUGUGGUAAGGCUUUCCGCCAGAGCACAGGACUUACUCAACACCAGACAAUCCAUACUGGAGAGAAACAUUAUGAGUGUAAUGAGUGUAAAAAAGCCUUUCGCCUGAGAUCACAACUUAUUCAACAUUAUAGAAUUCAUUCUGGAGAAAAACCUUAUGAAUGCAGUGAAUGUGGGAAGGCUUUCCGCCAGAACUCGCAGCUAACUCAGCAUCAGACUGUUCAUACUGGAAUGAAACCUUAUGAAUGUAAUGAAUGUAGAAAGUCCUUCCGCCUAAGAAUAGAGCUUACUCAACAUCAUAAAAUUCAUACUGGGAAAAAAACUUAUGGGUGUAAUGAAUGUGGAAAGGCCUUCCACCUGAAUUCACAGCUUAUUGAACAUCAGACAGUCCAUAGUGGAGAGAAGCCUUAUGAAUGUAAUGAAUGUGGGAAGACCUUCCGUAAGAGUGCAUACCUUACUCAACACCAGAAAAUUCAUACUGGAGAAAAACGUUUUAAGUGUAAUGAAUGUGGAAAAACAUUUGUUCAGAGGGCAGUUCUUACUCAACAUUAUAGAAUUCAUACUGGUGAAAAACCUUAUGAAUGUAACGAAUGUGGAAAGGCCUUCCGCCAGAGCACAGGACUUGCUCAACAUCAGGCAGUUCAUACUGGAAAAAAACGGUAUGAAUGUAAUGAAUGUGAGAGUGCCUUUAGUCAGAGGGCAGAUCUUAUUCGACAUCAUAGAAUUCAUACGGGUGAGAAACCUUAUGAAUGUAAUGAAUGUGGGAAAGCCUUCCGUCUGAGUACACAGCUUACUCGACAUCAUAGAAUUCAUACUGGAAAGAAACCUUAUGAAUGUAAUGAAUGUGGGAAAGCCUUUCGCUUAAAGACACGUCUUAAUGAACAUCAGACAGUCCACACUGGUGAAAAACGCUUUGAAUGUAAUGAAUGUGGAAAGGCUUUCCGCCAGAAGACCCAUCUUACUGAACAUUUGUCGAUUCAUAGUGGUGAGAAACCCUUUGAAUGUAAUCAAUGUGGAAAGGCCUUUCGCUUGAGAACACAGCUUACUCAACAUCACAUAAUUCAUACUGGGGAGAAACCAUAUGAAUGUAAUGUAUGUGGGAAGGCAUUUAGUCAAAGGACAGAACGAAAUCGGCAUCAUAGAAUUCAUACUGGAGAGAAACGUUAUGAAUGUCAUGAAUGUGGGAGGGCCUUCAGGCUGAGCACCCACCUUACUCGGCAUAAGAGAAUUCAUACUGGUGAGAAACCUUAUGCAUGUAACAAAUGUGAGAUGGCCUUCCGCCUGAGGGCACAGCUUACUCAUCAUCAGAGAAUUCAUACUAGAGAGAACAUUUAAGAGAGUUAUGGAAGAAAGGGUGUUCUCCAGAACAAAUACAUCAUUUAAUACUAAAUAAAGAAAAUGUCUAUGUAGUAAAUAUGGAAUGACUUUUAGCCACAGCAUAGGACUUAGGAAAUACCAAGAAACAAAUACUGAGAAGCCAUAAAUGUAACUACCCCAAGCAUUAUUGCCAGAUGUAUACUACUUUCCUGAAAAUUAAAGAUUUUGAACUAAAGGGAAACCCCACAUCUGAAGCACAUCCCUAUCUACUUUCCCACAGCUAUUCCAAACCUUUUUCUUCCUCUUCAAAUUCCCAGCCUUCUUCCUCUGCAAAUCACAGUACCUGUUAGGAUUGCAUAAUUAGUUCUCUUAGGAAAAAAAAUUAACCCAAUUUUAACCAAAUGGACACAUCAGUAAGUGUGGACUCUUCCCUAAUUACUUUCUUAUUCCACACAGUGGCUUUAGACUAAAAGGAGCUUUGCCCAGAUAUAUUGUAAUAAUCUUUGGUCUGAAAACAGGUUUAUUAAUUGAAGUCACCACCAUGUAAGGAGAUCCUACUUCUCUGUCAUUUAUUGUAAAUGCUGUAAAUUAUGGGGCAAACUAAGAGCCUUUGUCCCCUUAGAUCUCACUUUGUCAGCAAUCCUUUCUUAGGCUCAGGCCACAGAUACUAAUUUCCUGGAAGGGCUGUAGGAGAGGAAAAAAGACACGGUUGUCCAUCCCUACUUUAGAAGCCAUAGUAAUCUGAGUUCUUGGGGACAUCUUCCUCUAGCCUAGACUUUCCUCAUGCUUUUUACUUUGUAUGGGAUAUAAAUUCUCACAGUCACAGGGGAAGAGCCAUGUAGGAUUCACAUUUUGUAUUGCUAUGUCCUGAGGUGGGUUAAGAGUUGAAAGGAUAUCUGGUCCCAUAAUUAGCAUUUACUGGAUGUCUCCCACUUUGCAAAUACUUUGACCCAAGAUGUGCUGAACUAGAUGUCCCCAGUGUGCAUAAUUCUGAAGCAAUAGGUCAAAAUCUUAUGCAUUUAAAGCAGGGCUACCAACUUUUUUUUUUAAAUAAGUUUUUUCCCCCUCAAUUAACAAGCACUUAUUUUUUCUCCCUUCCCAAGUCCUCUUCAUUUGGAAAAAGCAGGGGAGGGGAUAGAAAUAAAACCCUUGUAAUAAAUAUGCAGUCAGGCAAAGCAAAUCCCCACAGUGGCCCCAUCCAUAAAUGUAUGUCUA